GUAAGGAGAGCUGUAGCUGAAGGGGUUGGACGCUUGCCGAAGCAGCAGGCGGGAGAGGGAAGCGCUCGCUUUUGAUUGUGCUGAGUGAGUCAGCUUGGCUCUCGCAUGAAUAAUGGAGUGUGGGAAGUGUCCUUGUCAUCACGAGAACGGUGGGAAUGCCAUUCUCUACACCCUGCUAAGUGAGAACCUGACUCACCACAAGGGUAGCCGUGGCUCUUCCCAACAACGCUGCUUGUGCCACAAGCGCCGCACCGUUUGCCUUCAGACCCCACAAGCUACUUGCCAGGCGGCUUCCGGCGUCUUGGUGAAGACCAUCAGCUUCAUGAAGAACCUGCCUUCUUUCCAGCUCCUGCCUUGGGAAGACCAGCUCUUGCUGCUGGACAGUUGCUGGGCUCCCCUUUUCCUUCUGGGCUUGGUGCAGGAGAUGGUGACCUUUGAGGUUACCGAGACCCCCGUGCCCAGCAUGCUGGAGAGGAUCCUCCUUGACGGCCAGUGCAAGAGACCGGAGUUGCAGCGGGUGCAGCCCACCCUGGCCAGCGUGCAGCGCCUCCAGUGCUGCUUAAACUCUUUCUGGAGUCUAGACUUGAGUCCUAAAGAAUACGCCUAUCUGAAAGGCGCAAUUCUGUUCAACCCGGACAUUCCAGGGCUCCGUGCUUCCUUGUACAUUGAGAGCCUCCAGCGAGAAGCUCAGCAAGCACUCCAACAAGUCCUAGUGCUUCUCCACUUAGAAGAUCAAGGUCGAUUUGCCCGAGUCCUGCUGAGCUCCUCCUCCCUGAGAUCCAUUCCUCCAACUCUCAUUACAGAUCUUUUCUUCGAACCCAUCAUUGGAAAGACAGACAUUCUUGAGCUUUUAAUAGAAAUGCUGCUGAUGAAAUAGUUUUAAGUAAGCUUAAACCAUCCUCGUGCUGUUGGGUCAGGCAACUCAACUGGUAUUCGAUUGCAAGAGAAUGCACAAUGACUUUUGGAACACCCGACGGACAAAGCAUAACAUCUUACCAAUCACUCUGCAGACAAAGGAGGUGCUCGUGGGUGAACUCGUGUUUUAUUCCUGAACAAUGCAAGAAUGCAACAUGCACCCAAGCUCUGUGAAGUAUUGCACUUGUAACAAGGUGUUUGGAGCAGGUAAUUCCUGAGCUAGCAUAGCAACGUUCGUAGCAAACGUAUUGCCACCACAAAACUCUGCCAGGUCCUCAGUGUCGUCAGUUGCAGUGAUGGAAUAAAAACCCUGACUAACAAAUCUUGUUCAAAGAUACCUGCAGCUCCAAAGUGAGGCAUACAGUAUUGAUUUUUUUUACUUCAUUUAUAUUGGCUUCAGUUUCAAAGUUCAAUUUCCAAAGGGAUGUCUUGCCUACAGAAAGGCUCCUGGGAACUGCCAUUGACUGGGAAAUAACCCACAGUUUCCCUUCCAAAAUAUAACCCCAGAAUUUCCUAGUAAAAAAAAAAAAAGAGCCAGGAGAUUUUUUCAGAAUUCAACCAGCCUCUCCCAGUUCCUAAAAAAAGGAUAUGCAUCUAAAUGCAACUCAUUUUUUCUAAACAAUUUUUAAAAUAAGAAUAUUGACCUGCAUAAUCAUACAUUCCAA